UUUGAAAGGUGAUAACAAGCUAAGCUAAACAUAGCACAAGUACGAAAUACGUAGCACAGUGAGAGAGCACAUGGCAUUCAUAGAGCGGAAUGUGUCGAGUGAUGGAAAGCGUGUGAUGACUGUGGAGCAGUUUAGGCGGUGGCUGAUGACAGCAUUCGACACAAACGGAGAUGGCAGAAUCAGCAAAGCCGAACUUCGCCGUGCCGUGCGCCUCACUGGAGGGAUCUUUGCUUCGUGGAAUAGUGGCCAGGCCUUCAGGUCCGCAGACGCCAACCACGAUGGUUUCAUUGAUGAAAACGAAUUCAGAGACCUUGCUCAGUUUGCAGACAAGCAUUUCAAUGUCAGGAUCACACGCUAACCUUGUUCUCUUCUGCACUCAAUUCACUUCUUCUCAUCCAUUUUUUUUUGGAGGAUUGUCUUUAACUUUGUUCUUAUAAUUUGAUAUUUGUUUGUAUUAAGCGAAACAAAAUAAUAUUAAUGAAAUGAGAAGGUUUUGGGUUCA